UCUGGCGAACAAAGAUAAUUGCGCUCCAGAUAAACUUCACAUAGCUUAAUUGCCGAUUGAGUACGCUGUUUGUCCCUUCUCGGUGUCGACAUUGUGAGUGCCAUGGAAAGAAACGACACGGCACCGAGCGGCGCGUGUGAGAGCGGGCUGGAAUGUCGAGGAGAACUGGAUAACUGCACUGGAGCUUUGGACGCUAAUCUUUCCGUGCACUGUUGGCUGCAUCUGCUGACGAGAGAGUAUGAUUCGCCGUUACAGGGAGACCCCUCGAGCCUGGCGUUGCGCGUUAUGAUUGCGCUCGUGUACUUGGUGGUGUGCGCGCUGGGGCUGGUGGGCAAUGCGCUCGCGCUCUACCUGCUCCACUCGCGCCACCGGCAGAAACAAAGCUCCAUUGACUUCUUCGUUAUGGGCCUGGCUUUUACUGAUUUGCAGUUUGUGCUUACACUGCCCUUCUGGGCUGUGGACACAGCGCUGGACUUUCGCUGGCCAUUUGGUCGCAUCAUGUGCAAAAUUGUGAGUUCUGUGACCACCAUGAAUAUGUACGCCAGUGUUUUCUUCCUCACCAGCAUGAGUGUGGCUCGGUACUACUCCAUCACGUCGUCGCUGAAGAUGCAUGGACACCGGUUAGCUGCGAUCAGGGCCAAGUGGGUCAGUUUAGGCAUCUGGGCUGUAUCACUCCUAGCCACGCUGCCACAUGCUGUCUAUUCCACCAUUGCCCAGGUGGCACCAGAUGAAGAGCUGUGCCUUGUCCGCUUCCCAGAGUCAGGCAGCUGGAAUCCUCAGCAUGUUUUGGGCCUGUACCAGCUGCAGAAGGUGCUGUUAGGAUUUGUCAUCCCACUGGUGGUAAUCUCUCUGUGCUACUUGAUGCUCCUGCGCUUUGUGAUGAGCCGCAGAAUCCUUGGCAGCGUAAGCUCUGAGACUGAACAGGGUCGCAACAAACGACGGUCCAAAGUCACAAAGUCAGUUGUGAUUGUGGUGCUCUCAUUCUUUCUUUGCUGGCUGCCCAAUCAGGCGCUCACACUCUGGGCCGUACUCAUUAAGUUUGAUAUGGUACCCUUCAGCAAUGCCUUCUACAAUGCCCAGGCCUACGCCUUCCCACUGUCUGUGUGUCUGGCGCACACCAACAGCUGCCUCAAUCCAGUGCUCUACUGCCUUAUCCGGCGAGAGUUCCGUGCUGGCCUCAAGGAGCUAGUGAUAAGAGCUACACCAUCUUACCGCAGCUUGGCACUGAGGCUCCCCCGCAAGGCCAAAGUUGCAGAGGCACCCACUGUUUAGUGGUAUUGCAGAUUGUUGUCUGACAAUAAGACCUGUGUGAAAUUGCAAUACACAAUUCACAGACAUACAUGCCUUUUGAAGCUGUUCCUUAAAUCUUGGUUUUUGUGUGAUAGACAGGAUCAGACAUGAGAAAAAAAAAAUGAGCAUGCCCCAGAUUUAUUUGCUCUU